UUUUUGGAUUUUUGAAAAAUAAUUUUUCAUUAUCACUUCCAUUGUUUUAAUACAUGUAGAUUUUCAUUAAAAAUAGUUUUAUUUUUUUGUUUUAAAAUAUAAAGUGAAUUUGAACUUUUCUUUUUUAUCGUUUACUUUUUCGUAUUCUUUAAAAAUAUAUUAUAACCAAACUAAAUUUAAUAAAAUUUAAAUAAUCAAAUAUAAAUUAAAACUAAAUAUAUAAGAGAUUCAAAAUUUAUGAUAAACUUGAUCAAACGUUUCAUUGGAUUUUGAAAAAUAAAACAUAUUGUACAUAAAAGAAGAACGUAUAUUUGCAAAAUUUAAAAUGUGACAUUUGUAAUGAUCAAACAGUAAAGUGAACUAACAAGUUUUAUAUUUGCUUUAUUAGAAUUUAGAUAAAAAAAUAUUAAAAUAAUAUGUCAAUACUAAUAAUGGUAUUGAUUGCAAGAAUGAUAAUAUUUAGGUUAAAGUAUUAAAUUUCAAGUUUUCGGGCCGAGUUUAUCUCAAACGGACUUAGGCCCAAAAUAUCUAAAGUCCAAAUAGACUUAGACCGAAAGGCCAAAUGGACUUAGCCCGAAAGAUCCGAUUUUUUGGGGACUUAUAAAACUAAACUCAAACCCGAUAAUUUUUAGGGCUGAGCGGGCUCGGACUGCGUGUUUCAACUGUAAUUGACAUGUCUAGCCACGAAAGCCCAUAUAACGGGAAAAGAUUCAACAAGUGUUCAUCUCAAAACACUUGCCCAGCUGAUAAACGGAGAGGAGAUGAAUGGUGUAAUCCCACUGAAUAGUAUUGACAUGGCAUUCAUGUUGUAAGCUCCCCAAGUCGAUAAAAUACAUUUCAGUUCAGCAUAUAUAGUAAUAGUGCAUUGCAAUCCCAUAUAAAAUAACAAAUUAAGAUAUUCUGUCUCAUUUAGUAUUUUAGAAUUAUAAUAAAUAAAGAGUCAACCAGAGUGAGAAAUGGUUUUCUAAAGUGUUAGGUUGGCAAGCCAUCUAAAUAUCUAAUGUUCACUAUUAUACACCAACCUUUAUGUUCCAUUUACUACAAAGUGCAAACCACUGUUCUUACAAAGAAUUCUUCUACAAUAAUUUAUUAGGGACUACAAAAACAUUAACCGAGCUCGAUUAUGCACAUUAAUGUUUUUGGAAAGUUGUUGUGAAUAUAUAUAUAUAUAUGCUUAGGGAAAAUUAAUCAAAUUAAACUUAAGAAAUCCUUAACACCCAAAUUGCAUGUUCCAUGCAUGUUUCGUAAUAUAUAUAUACACAUAUAUAUAUCUUAUUAUCCUUCUGGCACUUUAUCUAAAUCAUCAAAACAAGGUAAAAUGACACAAUGAUAUAUCAGUAUAUGAAGCAGUUAAAUGAUGUUGAAACAAGACUAAACUAAAAAGAAACAAUACGACCAGUUACAGUCUUGGAGAGUAACAAAAGUCAGCACAACCCUUUUGUGUUUUUGACUUUCAUCCUAUUCAAUGACAUUUCUUAGUACUUAAUAUUCUUCUGCCAUGUCCCAUUUUAACUUUCAGUCUUUGGUUAAUAUUUGAGUAUUUUCAUUAGUAAAUAAAAUCCAAGAUAAAGAAGCAUUAAAAGGAGAAACCAAGAAGUCAAAAUAGUGACACAAGAAGUGUUUCUAAUUGGCUUAAUGAGGGGAGAAACUCAGAGAAGUGUUUUCCUAAAGUAAAUACUAGUCUAGGUCUCGAGCUGCUUACCAAAUCCUCAAACAGAUAACCCAAAACGAGGAAUUAUGUUAAAAGUAAAAGCUCUCUUCUGGACCAAAUGUAUACGUGUGAGUUCUCUCACAUCUAGCUAACUUACAAAUUUUAUUUUUAUCAUGUAGUAUAAUAUAAAAUGUACCAACUUUUUUUUUGAAACAAACUAAAAUAUACAUAAAAUAUUUUUCGUAGAUUAAUCGAUAAAACCCGUCAAACCAGUAACCAAAUCCAGCUAGAAAAAAACGUCAAAGCAGUAGACCAAAUCCAGAUAGAAAAAAAAUUAACUAGAUCAGAAUAAAUUUAUUCAAAUAUUAGCAUUUCUUCAGAUUAAAAUUCCUUCGAUUUUGUAAAACAAACCAAAUAUUCUCAAAGUGAGACAACUAAAUAAACGAAACCAAAAAGUGAAAAUAUCAUUUGCUGUGUACCUAUAAAAGAUAUCAGAUCUUAAAACCUAUCUCAGCAGCAAACCAAACAUGUGUUAACGUUUAGCCCUGAACUUCUACAUUUUUAAAAAAAGUAGACGAUUUUUUCCUCUUUUUCCCUACCAUCUUUUUGUGCCUUAUGUUCUCAACUAAUCCCAUUUAAUUCACCACACAGCUACAUUAGACAUACGAUCUAUAAAUGGUCAUUAAAUGAAACUAUUCCUUUCGCUGCAAAAUUAGGUACUAGCAAAGCAUAAAACACACCACUUUACCACUUCUUGAUAUCCAAAACUGAAAAAACCUCUCAUUAUUAUACACAUAAAUAGCUAUAACUCAACGAGAACCGCGAUAUCAUAAUGAGUGUUUGAGUCUGAUAGUUACGAGUGACAAGAUUGUAAAUAAGUGAGAGAAGCUCCUUUCCUCCCUAUAAAUUUCCCCGGAAAGUUCAUUCAUCCCCAUCCUAACUUCAUCUUUUCACUUCUCUUCUCAAUCACCCCAUUCAUAUUUCCCCAUAUUAGUCAAAGAGCUAUAUGGAAAUCUCCAAUGUGAUGCUUCUUGUAGCGAUCGUUGCAGCGUAUUGGUUAUGGUUCAAGAGGAUCUCACGGUGGCUAAAGGGUCCACGUGUGUGGCCUGUAUUGGGCAGUCUCCCUGGUCUGAUAGAGCAGCGUGACAGGAUGCAUGAAUGGAUCACAGAGAACCUCCGUGCGUGCGGCGGUACUUACCAGACUUGUAUCUGUGCAAUGCCUUUCUUGGCAAAGAAGCAAGGUCUCGUGACUGUCACGUGUGACCCGAGGAAUCUUGAACACAUGCUCAAGACCCGGUUUGAUAAUUAUCCUAAGGGUCCAACGUGGCAAUCCGUCUUCCACGACCUUCUCGGUCAAGGUAUUUUCAACUCUGACGGAGACACUUGGCUAUUCCAACGCAAAACCGCUGCUCUUGAAUUCACAACAAGAACGUUGCGGCAAGCCAUGGGAAGGUGGGUAAACCGAGGAAUUAAGCUCCGGUUCUGUCCAAUUCUUGAAUCAGCUCAAGCCAAAGCCGAGCCGAUUGAUCUGCAGGACUUGAUACUCCGGCUCACAUUUGAUAACAUUUGCGGGUUGGCGUUCGGUAAGGACACAAAAACCUGCGCGCCGGGGCUGCCCGAGAACAGUUUUGCGACGGCAUUCGACCGAGCCACCGAAGCAUCGCUCCAAAGGUUUAUUUUGCCGGAGUUUAUGUGGAAGCUGAAGAAAUGGCUUGGACUGGGCCUAGAAGUCAGUUUGAGCCGAAGCUUGGAAGAAAUGGAUGGAUAUUUAGCCAAGGUCAUUAAUACACGUAAGCAGGAGCUGAUGAGUCAGCAAGAGAGUGGACACGACGAUCUCCUCUCGCGUUUCAUGAUGAAGAAGAAAGAAGCGUACAGCGACACUUUCCUCCAACACGUGGUGCUUAACUUCAUCCUAGCUGGACGUGACACGUCAUCAGUUGCGCUGAGCUGGUUCUUCUGGCUCAUCACGAUGCAUCCGACCGUCGAGGAACAAAUCGUCCGCGAGAUCUGCUCCGUUCUGAUCGAGACACGUGGCAUUGAGAACGCCGCGUCAUGGACUCAGGAGCCUUUAAAUUUUGACGAGAUCGACCGAUUGGUUUACCUGAAGGCGGCGCUCUCUGAGACGCUCAGGCUUUACCCUUCGGUGCCGGAAGACUCGAAGCACGUGGAGAACGACGACGUUUUACCUGACGGGACUUUCGUGCCGGCGGGAUCUUCGGUGAGUUACUCGAUAUACGCGGCGGGGAGGAUGAAGUCGACUUGGGGAGAAGAUUGUCUCGAGUUUAUCCCGGAGAGAUGGAUCUCCCCCAUCGACGGCAAAUUCAUAAACCACGACCAGUAUAGAUUCGUGGCAUUCAAUGCAGGACCAAGGAUCUGCCUCGGAAAAGAUCUUGCCUAUCUUCAGAUGAAGAGCAUCGCGGCCGCGGUGCUUCUACGUCACCGGAUCACGGUGGUUCCGGGACACAGAGUGGAGCAGAAGAUGUCUUUGACUCUUUUUAUGAAGAACGGGCUUCUGGUUAAUCUGCAUAAGAGGGAUCUCGAAGGAACCAUAAAGAGUCUAGUGGUGGCGAAGGGUGACGGUGUCAUCGACGGCAAAUGUGACGGCGUCGCCGUUUGAUGGAUGAUGGUAAGCAAUGGAAGUUACGUUGGCUUAGAGCCGACAACGUCUCUGAUUUAUAAACACAUUUUUUAUUCCAAAGAAGAAAAAAAAACAUGUUGGACAGAAAUACGAUUAAUGGUUUUAAAUUUGUUCAACAUGAAACUGUAAGCAUAUACACUUCAAUAGUAACUUUUUUUUUUUUUUCAAUAGUAACUUUCUGGCUUUGUUUUGUUUCUGUAAACUUGAAAUUUUAUUUCAUAUAUGAAUGUAUUGUAUUCUCUAUAA